UUGCUGCCUCAUGACGGUGGCUCAAGUGGCUGCGGCAGCCAUUGUGUCACGAGGAUGGGUGUCCUUGAUGGCGAUGUUCAGCCACGCGUUCAUCACACCGUACGACACGUCUGCGAUUGCGCAUUCCAAGUCCAUUUUCAGCGCAUUUGCCGCAUGGGACGGCGUGUACUUCGUUGGCAUCGCCGACCAAGGGUACCGCUAUGAGAACACCCAUGCGUUCUUUCCACUGUUUCCGCUGUUGGUGCGUUGGACAAGCCCUCUCAUGCUGCCAUUUCUCGACAAGAACGCAUCGCUCUUGGCCGCGGGGUGGCUCAUCAGCAAUGCCUCGUUUGUGGUUGCUGCAGUGUUUUUGUACCUGCUCGGACUGGAGGUGCUCAAGACCGAGUCGGUGGCGAAGCGUGCAGCGCUCUUGUUCUGCAUUUGCCCGUCGGGCAUCUUCAUGUCUGCUUGCUACAGCGAAAGUUUGAUGUGCGCGCUCACGUUCAGCGGGAUGUACUUGCUCGAGCGUUCGCGGACCGCUCGUCGUGCGUCUGGCCCCAUGUUUCUCAUUUUCUCGGCGCUUUUAUUUGGACUGUCGUCGGCCACCCGCUCCAACGGCAUUCUGCAUUCUCGUACGACCGACCAUCGUUCUCGACUGCGUCACCGACGAUUCUGUGGCAGUCUACAUUGCGUACUACCAGGUUCUGGCGUCCCCGCAUCCCGUCCGUGCUUUUCCGCAGUUUGUGGCCCACUGGACAUUCACGGCCAGUCUUGGCGCCAUCGCCAUUGGGUUCCAAGUCGCGUACUUUCUGCACGGCAUCGCCGCGUACUGCGCUUCCUACGCCUCAGCCAUGCAGGUCGUUCGAUCGGUCUUCCACAUCGCCCCGUCCGCGCUGGCCGCAGACCGCCCGUGGUGCAGUCAAGUCGUUCCCAACUUUACGGCCAUGUACAUGUUUAUCCAGCGCGAAUACUGGGGAGUGGCGCCAUUCGCGUACUACGAGCUCAAGCAGGUACGACGCCAGCAUUCGACCGACCCACUCGCCAUUCCAUCCUCUCGACACAGAUCCCAAACUUCCUCCUGGCGGCGCCCAUGCUUGCUUUGGCAGGUUACACCAGCUACAUCGGGUGCAUCGUCCGCCCGCCGCCCCCGUUCGAGUCGACGCGACCGUAUUUUGUUCACGUGGCAUUUCUCUUGGUCAAUGUGCUGGUUGUUGUCCAUAUUCAAGUCGUGACGAGGUUCCUCGCCGCGUCGCCGCCGAUCUUUUGGGCCGCGUCGUACCUGACAUCACCCGACGCCAAGCGGCAGUCCCGCGUUCACCCCGUCGUGACGCAUGGCGUCGUCCUCUACUUCCUCGUGUUCAAUGUCGUUGGGGCGACGCUGUUUCCGACAUUUUAUCCGUGGACGUAAACCGUGAAUGGAUCUUCGGGACGACCCACACCCGACGUUGUUAGCACCAGCGAGCAGCCUCGCUUUCAUCGCUCGCCCAUGCCCAGCGACGUUGGCAGAGAGCGCUGCUUGUCAACAUCGAUGGCACCGCCGUGACCUGUUGUCCUGUCGACGCAAUCGAGGCAGUUGCCGACGCAGGACGUGUAAAAGAUCGACCACUCCGAACGCGAUGUCGACGUGCUCGAGAACGAGUCGCCGAGAGGGCGGCUUUUUCAACAUCGUUCCAAUAAAUAGGGGAUGGAUUCACAACUCAACAGAGAGACAC